GAAAAGAAAAGAUAGAAAAUUGCAAUAAGACCAAGAAGUAGAGAGAGAAAAAAACAAAAGCUUUUCUUUUCUGUGGCUUUGGAUUCUUCUGGCAAAUCGUGCCUGCCAGCUUUGUUUGGGCAUGGCUACUUAAGAAUAAAAUAUAUUACAAAUCUGUUUGGGAAAACAAAAUCAAUUCACCCAAAAAGGGGCAAGCUUUCAUUAGCAUUUGUGUUCUGUGGGUAAGUUUAGAAUAGGCAGAGAGUGAGUGCUGAAAGAGAAGAAAGAGAGAGAGAGAGAGAUGUUGGAGACUUGGAGGUGGGUUUUGCUGGUGUUCGGCAUCUGCAUUUUGGGAUGGAGUCCCAGUUCCAUCAAUGCUGCCACAGAUCCAAAUGAUGUUUCUGCUCUGAAGGCCUUGUAUAGUAGCUUAAACUCCCCAUCUCAGCUAACCCAGUGGAGUGCAAGUGGUGAUGAUCCAUGCGGCCAGUCUUGGAAAGGUGUUAAGUGCUCGGGCUCACGAAUAACGGAAAUUGAUGUAUCAAAUCUUCAACUUUCGGGAACAUUGUGGUCUUCGUUUCAGAGUUUGACAGCAUUAACCAACCUAGACAUGAGCCAUAAUAAUCUCCAAGGCAGUAUACCUUAUUCACUUCCUCCAAACAUGACUCGAUUAAACCUUGCUGCUAAUAACUUCAAUCAAGGCAUCCCUUAUUCCAUCUCUCUGAUAACUUCUCUUGAAUAUCUGAACAUCAGUCACAAUCAGCUUCAGAACCAGGUGGAUGACAUUUUUGGAAAGCUCUCUUACCUAUCCACAUUGGAUCUAUCUUUCAAUUCUCUGUCAGGUAACCUCCCUGAGAGUUUAAGCUCCCUCUCAAGUAUGACCACAAUGUAUUUGCAGAAUAACCAGCUUACAGGGACCAUUAAUGUCCUUGCCAAUCUCCCCCUUGAAAAUCUGAAUAUUCAAAAUAACCAGUUUACUGGCUGGAUUCCAGAGCAGUUGAAAAACAUUAAUCUGGAGAAGGAUGGAAACCAAUGGAACUCAGGCCCUGCACCCCCACCUCCACCUGGUACACCUCCAGCCAGCAAGAACAACGGAAAUCACAAAUCUGGCAGCAAUGGCUCACCAUCAAAAGGUGGUGCAGGUGAAGGUGGAAAGAAAUCAGGAAUAGGAGGUGGUGGUAUAGCAGGAAUAGUGAUAUCUCUUUUGGUAGUCACGGGGGUUGUCGCAUUCUUUAUCAUAAAGAGAAGAUCGAGGAGGUUGUCCUCAGACGUGGAGAAGUUUGAUAGUCAGCCCUUUGCUCCCCUUGCAAGUGAAGUAAAAGAAAUGAAAUCUGUACAAACCCCUGCCACGUUGGACAUGAAGACCUUUGAUACUCCUGCCACAAUAAAUCUUAGACCCCCACCAGUGGAUCGUCAUAAAUCAUUUGAUGAAGAAGAUUUCUCAAAGAAGCCCAUUGUGGUCAAGAAAACCAGCACAGCUCCUUUAAAUGUGACCUCAUAUUCAAUAGCAGACCUGCAGAUUGCUACUGGCAGCUUUAACGUUGAAAACCUUCUUGGUGAGGGGUCGUUUGGACGUGUUUAUCGCGCUCAAUUUGAUGAUGGGAAGGUUCUUGCUGUGAAGAAAAUAGAUUCAUCUGUCCUUCCUAGUGAGUUGUCAGAAGAUUUCACAGAGAUUGUUUCGAACAUCUCCCAGUUGCAUCACCCGAAUGUAACGGAGCUGGUGGGUUACUGUUCAGAGCAUGGACAGCACCUGCUAGUCUAUGAGUUCCAUAAAAGUGGUUCGCUGCAUGACUUCCUGCAUCUAUCAGAUGACUACAACAAGCCAUUGACAUGGAACUCUAGGGUCAAGAUUGCUUUGGGGACUGCACGGGCACUAGAGUACUUGCAUGAAGUUUGCUCACCAUCAAUUAUUCACAAAAAUAUAAAGUCAGCCAACAUAUUACUGGAUGUGGAGCUCAACCCUCAUCUUUCAGACACUGGCCUCGCAAGCUUUAUCCCCAAUGCUGAUCAGGCCUUGGAGCACAAUGCGGGAUCUGGGUACAGUGCACCUGAGGUUGCAAUGUCUGGUCAAUAUAAUCUAAAGAGUGAUGUCUACGGUUUUGGAGUGGUUAUGCUGGAGCUUAUUAGUGGACGGAAACCAUUUGAUAGCUCGAAGCCUAGAUCUGAACAAUCUCUGGUUCGAUGGGCAACACCCCAGCUCCAUGAUAUUGACGCUCUUUCGAAAAUGGUAGAUCCAGCACUCAAGGGGCUCUAUCCAGUUAAAUCUCUGUCACGGUUUGCUGAUGUGAUUGCCCUUUGUGUCCAGCCCGAGCCUGAGUUCCGACCUCCUAUGUCGGAAGUGGUUGAAGCAUUGGUUCGGUUGGUGCAGCGAGCUAACAUGAGCAGGAGAACAGUUGGAAAUGAUCAAGGAGGAUCCCAGAGAGGCGACAACGCCAAUGGACAGGACGACAUGUCUUGAGGAAAGCACAAGGUGACAAUGCUGAUACACUUGAGGACAUGCCGCAAGAAAAGCAUACAUUUUGAGUUCAUAUUCACCUUGGCUACACCAUAUGUUACUGAGCCUACACGCUUGGUAGCAUAUGUUUGUUAAUAUUUUACAUAGUUGAGGUAGUUCUUUCCUUGUUGAAUAUUUUGCAAACUUGAACUGGUGCUGCCCAAAACGGUUUGGAGCUUGUUUCAAAUGAUAAAGUCGUCUUUCAUUUUUAUUUCUCACAGUAUGUAUACAAUAAAAUCAAAUCAUGCGCCAUGCAACAUCACUACAUCAGUUUGCAGAACAGAAGCAUAUAGGCCUCUUGAAUCUUGAUGCACCUGAUUUCUCUUGUAUCUGUACGAUAUUGAAGUAAAUAAACUAAACUUAAAUUCA